AUGGGCUGCGUUUGGUCGAACGCCGAUCUGGUCGGAGGCGGGUACCGUAUCAGAAUUGUAAAACAGAUAGCUGAGGGCGGGUUCAGUCAGGUCUUACUCUGCACUGAUAUCGACAGCAACGAGAGCUUCGCGGUGAAAAAGAUAGCCAAGCAUUCGCGUGAAAGCGUGGAGCGGAUCGAGAUGGAGACUUCGAUUCACCGCCAGAUGUCGACCAUACGAUACGUGGUUCCGUUGUUAGCUGCGAUAAAUACGGAUCAAGUGACUUACCUGGUGUUCCCGUUCUACCGCCGAGGAUCUGUCGGUGACGAUCUGUUGCGAAGGCGACCGAAAAACGAUUACCUCACUCAGGAAGAGGUGAUUCGCAUCUUUCUGGGCUUGUGCACAGCUGUGCGUCAUUUACACCAACUCGGAUAUGUUCAUCGCGACUUGAAG